AUGACUGUGUUUACCUACUUCCAAGAAGCAGUUACUAGGUAUAAUUUACCAUCAAGGGUUAGGUCUGAUCUGGGUUUGGAGAACUUGAAAGUCGGUAGGUUCAUGCUAGCAAUGCAGGGUUUAAAUCGUGGCAGCAUUAUCACAGGAACGUCAGUUCACAAUCAGAGGAUAGAGAGGCUGUGGCGAGACGUGAACAGGGUUGUUGUUUCAAGAUUUUUAAAUAUAUUCCUGUAUCUAGAAAGACAAAAUGAACUAGAUUGUAACAAGCAGUUAUGGGUUCGAGGCAUGAUUAGAAUGCAGAAUACACACCAUACAGCAGUCCAAAUGGUUUUGCAUGGUCCAACUGAUAUUGCUAAUUAUGGUAUAGAUGAAGAUGCGCCAGUUCCUUUUCCUGAUGCAGAAGAGUAUAUGAUAGCCGUACCUCUAUCUCCUGUGCAUCUAAAUGCUGAUCAAUUGCACAUUGUGUUAAGUACCAUAGAUACUUUGAGGAAUUUAGAUGACAAUGGAAUUGAAGCAUUUGCAGCUGCAAAAAGUGUUGUUUCAGGCUUCUUGCAACCUAGAUCUAACACAGUAUGA